AUGGCGACGUAUCCUAAGCUACGCACUGGCACGUUCAGCUGUCAGGAAUGCCGGCGAAGGAAGAAACGCUGUGUCUUUGACGAGGCCGCAGGCAAUGGGGCGUACAGCUGCAUAUCGUGUCGGAAAAACGGCACGCCAUGUCUCAGUCAGACCCUUGACGCCGAUGACCAUACGCUCCUCGACGCACGGCUGAAGAAUAUGGAAGCCCAGGUUGAGAUGUUGGUGAGGCGGCGGAGGAAGAAGCAAUGCCUGGUUCUCGCUAAUUGCUACCCAUUGCCGAUGCUCCCGCUCGAGAUACACGACAGCUGGACCUCUCGAUCGCACUCGUUGAACGAGUUCUUGCUCCCCGUCCUCCCUGCGCCGGACCUGGCCCUCCAGAUCGUGACUCUAGGUCGAUCGCCGCUUUCCGCGGUAGAGAACUCGCCGAAUCGCAUGCAAUCCUAUCGUCGAGACGGGUUCCAAGAUGAGCGAAACGUGCGCCCGAUGGCGCUCGCUCGAGACUUGCUCCAGCUUGCCGUGUGCUUGGAUCGUCUCGACUUGAACGCAGACGGUUCGCCCGAGCUUCUAGCACCGGCGACGACUGCGCGACGCUACUUUGACGCCGCGCGACAAGUCACUUUCCGAGAUGGCAUGGUCGACUGUGUCGAGGGCAUUGAGGCGCUCAUGCUGGAGUGCAGCUAUCAGAUGAACAAGGGGAAUCUGGAGAGCGCUUGGAUUGCUAUUCGACGUGCGCUGAGUGCUGCCCGUCUUGCCGGUACUCGAUACGACACCGCGCUGUACAGAAAGCAGAUGGCGACACUGUGGAAAUGGCUGGUGCAUUUUGAUCUUAUUCUCUCUCUCAACACGGGACAAACACAUGCCAUGGUGGCCGAGCCUAUGGUUGUCUACAACACCGACCCCUCUCCGCUCGGCCAGCUCGAAAGCACGCAUGUCACAGCAUCGGAACGGAUCAUCAAGCGGAAUCUCCGAAUGCAGAGACUCUCGAGCCAUACUGGCGAGGGGCAUGAUCAUCUGGCAGAAACGAGAAGCACCGACGACAGCUUGAAGCAGGCUGCACACAACUUACCGACAGAGUGGUGGGCUCUGCCCAUCGAGCAAGACCUGACAUCAUACGGCAGUCGCCUUAUCCCGCAAGUCCAACACUACGAUCUGAUCGUGCAGCUCCAUCUUCCAUACUUGAUCACCGGCCUCGCCUCGCCAUCUACCCAGCGCAGUGAGCACGAAUACAGUAAACUCGCCGCCGCCGCAGCCGGUCGCGAACUCCUCUCGCGCCACACUUUCAUCUGCGACAAAGGCUUGAUACGAGGCUCUUCGGGCGGCGGCGCCGUACCCAAAAGCUUCUCGGCCGCUGUCGCUCUUCUCUUGGCCCAGAUUGAUGGGCAUCGACUCGGCGCAUUGAAUGUGCUGGAACAUCAGCGAGCAUCCGAUUUGAAUAUGGUCAAGGAUGCCGUUGCCAGCAUUCGACAAAUCAGAGUUGCUGGAGUAUGA